UACCUUCGGCUCGUGCUCCCUCUCCGCUUGCGGAAUGUAUUAAUGAAGAAACCCGUAAAGUGUUAAAUGUUUGAAAUACAAAACCGCCGAAUUGCACAUGCUGAAAAAGGACUCCGCUACUCGUGCGCGCGGCACUGGUGUGUCUGUGCACUAGACUCUGCAAAGAAAAACUACUCUCACACGCCUGCAAGUCCGCGGCUGCAAAAAGGACGCUGAAAAAGCUCAUUUUUCACUUUCAAGACAAACGCUUAAAAAUCAAACUGGCUCACGUUCUUCCCAACCAACCCAGUUUGACAGCUGCUCUUCACCCCACUUGGAGGACUGUCAGCAGCAAGAGGAUGGCAUCAGAGCUGGCAAUGAGCAACUCCGACCUGCCCACCAGUCCCCUGGCCAUGGAAUAUGUUAAUGACUUCGAUCUGAUGAAGUUUGAAGUGAAAAAGGAGCCGGUGGAGCCCGAUCGCAACAUCAGCCAGUGCAGUCGCCUUAUCGCCGGGGGAUCCUUGUCUUCCACCCCGAUGAGCACGCCGUGCAGCUCGGUGCCCCCUUCCCCAAGCUUCUCGGCGCCCAGUCCGGGCUCGGGGAGCGAGCAGAAGACACACAUAGAGGAUUUCUACUGGAUGUCCGGUUAUCAACAGCAGUUGAAUCCAGAGGCGCUGGGCUUCAGCCCCGAAGACGCAGUCGAGGCGCUGAUCAACAGCAGUCACCAGCUCCAGUCGUUUGAUGGCUACGCCAGGGGCCAGCAGUUUGCUGGCGCAGCCGGAGCAGCAGGCACCAUGGCCGGGGAAGAGAUGGGCUCCGCCGCGGCAGUGGUGUCGGCAGUCAUCGCUGCGGCAGCCGCUCAGAACGGAGGGCAGCACCACCACCACCACCAUCACCACCACAGCAACGGCCACCACCAAGCAGCUGGCGGCCAGUCCAACGGCACUUCUGGGACAAUUCACCCACACAUGCGCUUGGACGACCGGUUUUCGGACGACCAGCUGGUCACCAUGUCAGUGCGGGAGCUCAACCGGCAGCUACGGGGGGUCAGCAAGGAAGAAGUGAUCAGAUUGAAACAGAAGAGGAGGACCCUAAAGAACAGAGGCUACGCUCAGUCCUGCCGGUUCAAGCGGGUCCAGCAGCGGCACGUCCUGGAGGGAGAGAAGACGCAACUCAUCCAGCAGGUCGAUCACCUAAAGGCGGAGAUCUCCAGGCUGGUCCGGGAGAGGGACGCGUACAAAGAAAAGUAUGAGAAGCUCAUCAGCAACGGCUUCAGAGAAAAUGGAUCCAGCAGUGACAACAACCCCUCAUCCCCGGAGUUUUUCAUGUCAUCGAGAAAAUUCCUCCAUCUGUGAUUUCAAGCCCCAACCCUCCGUGCCCUUGGCUCUCUGAGAUAACCCAACGACAUAGCAGUGAUGACAUCAGAGGGGCUGACCAAUUGCACGAAGACACCUACAAAGCACAACAUUCAAAAAUGACUUCACUGAAGAACAAAAGACAAGACCUGCUGAAAUCCCUCGAAAUCCCUACAGUGAAAUUCUUGAACGCCUCUUACUACUCCUGAUUCCCUCCCUAAUAUUUUACCUCCAGCUUUUUUCUACGAAACAUGAAAAAAGAAAAAAAAAGACAGACUGACUCAUACUCAUGAGAUGGUUGACAAUGUCAGAUUGAUACAUUGGAAGGAUUAUUUUCUUUUUGGUGGAAAGAUCAUUGAUGCAUGCCUCUGUAAAUAGAUCAUAAUAAAACCCUAUUGUUAUUCCUAAUAUAGGAAACAUACCGAGUCGCUCUCAACAACUUCAUAAACCUUCACAACUGUGGAUAGAGUACUCAUGGUUCAAUAUUUUCCAUAUAAAGUCAGUAUUCUUCUUACCUCCUCAGAGACCAUGUAAUUAUCAUUUCCAAUAUAAUUUCUCGACUCUUUGGAGUUUUCGGGACUGUAAAAAUUGUACUUCCUAUUCUUCUUAUUCUCUUUACCUAAAGGCCUAGUCUUCCUCUCCAAUAUCCACACUAGUACAUGUAAAUAGAGAUGAAUGAAGACAACAGCAUGGAACAGACUAUAGUGUAUAUUUACCACUCCCCUAGUAGGUCACAAAUCUCAAUACGUGGAUAUUUCAGACAACCUUUUUAAAAAUGUAAAAUACUUGAACUUGUUUUCUGAUAGUUAAAGACAUAGUCCCGGGUAUCUGGACAUUUUUACUAUGUAUUUAAAUAGAUGCAUAAAGGCAUUAGCUAUAGGUAAUGUUAUUAUUUGACUACAUUACACAAAGAUUAUAAGGCAGCAAUUCCUUUGGUAUCAUCAAACUGUUCCAUCAGGAAACAAACAGUCAAAUUAAAGAGGAAAAGGCAAUUCACCAAAACCACAAGUCUACCUUGGCACUACUAAAUAUUAUUUUUUAACAUUUUAUAUUAUAUUGUUUAUUAUUUUUUUCCCCCAAAUAUCUACCUAUUUAUUCUUUCCCAUUGCAAUAAUUGCCCUCUCCCUCCCUGUGUGUGGGUUGUAACCUCUGUAGCAAAGCUGUAGUCAUCCUGAGAGGGCCACUUCUUUCCUUGCAUUGUUUGAAACGGUGCUCUCCGGUGAUCCUGAGCCUACACAUGAGAACACCUCAUUGAUUGCAAUGUAGACAUGAGGACUCUGACCUCCGUCUUCUAUGGACUACGAAGAUAACCAAAUGGACUGACAGAUAAUAUGCCAAGCCGAUGAAGAGACAACUUCAAAGGUUACCCCGUCACUGGUAAAGACAGAAAACCUUUGCAUGGACAACAGGGAAAAAAACACUAGGUUGUUGAACGCCUCAUCUCCACCAUCGUGCAUCCUCUACCUCUCAGUGUGUGCUGUGAAUCUAGAAAAGCGUAACUUAUCAG